AUGGAUGUGAUCAGCAGUGUGCCAGAUGAGAUAAUUGGGCACAUCUUGUCAUUCCUCUCGACAAAGGAAGCUGUUUCAACAUCUCUUCUCUCAAAGAGAUGGCGAAAUCUUUGUGCCUUCUCGCCAAACCUUCAUCUAGACGAGUUCCACUAUCGGAAUCCCAAUAAUUCAACGAGUUUCAUAGAUUUCGUUGAUAAUAUAUUUGCUGUAUCAGGCAACUCUCCACUAAAGCAAUUCACUCUGAAACAUCGACAGCAGAGUGUUGACGACGCAACUCGUGUCAACAGUUUGAUAUGCAAUGUGCUGACUCGUGGAGUUUUGGAUCUUAAUCUUUUCAUAGCUGGUAAAUCAAAUUAUUCACUGCCUUUAGAGUUCUUCACUUGCAAGACGAUUGUUAACCUGAAACUAGGAAUGGGAUUUGGUAUUGGUAUAGUUCCUGAGAGCGCUUCUCUUCCAGCUCUUAAGACUCUGUUUCUUGAUCAUGUUGGCUUCUCUAGUGAUGUUCAAGCUCUUAUAUCCGCUUGCCAUGUUCUUGAGGAGUUAACUAUACGUGUUGAUGAUUGCCUACAUUGGAAACGCACAAUUUCGUGUCCGACCCUUCAGAGACUUAUCAUUACAUGUCAAGCCUUCAAAGCUUGCGAUCCUUAUAGGGCCAAGCGCGUUACUUUUGAUACUCCUAACCUUUCCUACUUAGAAUACUGCGAUUCUGUUUCGAAUGAGUAUCAAGCUGUUAACCUUGACUCCCUGGUCGAAGCUAAGCUUACUUUUGAGUCUUGGACAGGCAACCCACAGGAUCUGUUUAAUGGGUUAAGAAGUGUUAAGAUUCUCGAACUAUCGGAUUAUCAAACCUCUAAGGAUAGAAAUCCCAGUGUUUACGAAGCUAUUGCGUUUAUCUGUUAG